GUCUGUGUAGCGUGUCUUACUCCUACCAACUGCCACGAACAUUCAGCCUCUGUAUAUUGCAAUUGAACCGGAAUCUCUCGCUUAAACACAUACAAUUAGGUCCUUAAGCAAGCACACAAGCAGCUGAAACCGAAAUCUUCUGUUUUUCUAUUAUUUUUUUAGGGUAUUUGUAUCGAGUAAACAUUCAUAAGGUUUCAACGUCAUUUUACUCGUAGGACGCCUUUUUUUUGCCACGUUUAACGUCAAGAUAUUACUACGACAAUUGUUCUUUUGUUCUUUUAUUAUUGUAUUUAACAGAUCAUGUCUGGCUGGUGGUCUUCAAAGUCGCCAUUUGCAUCAUUAGUCGAACGUGCAACUUCAGAAACAUUGCCUACCGGCUCGGAAGACUUCGAGCUCAACUUAUCCGUUUCAGAUGAAAUUCGCAGCAAACGAGUCCCUGCGAAAACUGCUGCUCAAACUUUGAAGACCCGGAUUAAUCAUCGAAACCCAAAUGUACAAUUACUAGCUUUAAAGCUUACGGAUACGUGUGUGAAGAAUGGAGGAACGCACUUCCUGCAGGAAAUUGCUAGUCGGGAGUUUAUGGAUAAUUUAGUGUCCAUUCUUCAUGCACCCACUGGUGUGAAUCAUCUCGUUGAAAAUCAAAUUCUCUCUUUCAUUCAAGCACUCGCUGUAGCUACCAAAGAUCGCCCGGAGCCUGGUCUCAGCUACAUUAACCAGGUGUUUGAAAGAUUAAAAAACGAGGGAAGAGAGUUUCCAGCUCUUGAUACGAGCAUUACGAGCUCGUUUUUGGACUCGAGUGCUCCUCCCGACUGGGCCGACAGCGAUGUCUGUAUGCGUUGUCGAACUGCUUUUACCUUCACAAACAGAAAACACCACUGUCGUAAUUGCGGAAAUGCGUUCUGUGGUUUGUGCUCAUCAAAGAUGAAGACCCUUCCACAUCUAGGCAUUACUGAACCCGUUCGCGUGUGCGAUGGGUGUUUCUCCAGACCACAGAAUGCACGUACCACGAACGCACGGCCUGCUUCUCUCCCUCGCAGACCCGUUCCAUCCGCUCAGCAGCAACCCAGUGGCCGUAGUUCAAAACAGCAGGAAGAAGAGGACUUGAGACGAGCCAUCGAACUGUCACUGCAAGAACCUCGUUCGGGACGAGCAAGCACAUUCCAACCAGCUCGGGCAAACGCGCCCACUACUGCGGUUACUGAUGAUGAAGAUGAGGAGUUAAAACGAGCCAUCUCACUUAGUUUGGAGGAAGCACAGAGAGAAGAAGAAAAACGCAAGUCGGCUACUACGUCUGCCCCAGCAACAACUCAGAGACCCUCAUCUAAUGAUGCUUUUUCCUAUCCAUCCGUGCCCGAACAUACAGCUUCCGUAUCUUCUACAACUUCGUCCCCCUUUAUGCCGCCUCGUCCCUCCAUUCCUACUGCAUCGCCGACUCCUCCGUCCCACUCUUCCAAUAAGUUAAGCGAUAUCUCGAGCGCUGAUGCCGACCAGAUUGCACUGUACGUUGCUCUUGUGGAAAAGCUGAAGCGAUCGCCUCCAGGUACCAUCUUUACCGAGUAUAAACUGCAGGAGCUUCACGAUGCAAUGCGAGAUAUGCGAUCACGACUCAUGCGAGCUCUUGGUGUUGCGAUGAGCAAGCACAAUCAGCUUUUGGAAGCCACUGAUAAAAUUCAGAGCUGUGUAAAAUUGAAUGAUUCCCUUAUUAAACAACGAAUGGAUAUGACUGUUGGUAGAAAUCGACCUGCAUACGAGCAAACUGAUGAUCAUAACUACGGCAUUGCAAGACCCGCAUCUCCGUUACAUCGUCCAACUGAACCUGAACGACCUGCUGUCCCAACCAGUGCUCCAGUUUCAACCCCGGUUCCAGCUUCGGCCCCAGCUCCGGCUGCAUCUGCAUCUGCCUCGACUUUAACUGUCGAUACUCGUCCACCCUCACCUAAAUCUGCACGCCCUGCGGGACCCCGAACUCCAAUUGUUAUUGUACAAACGCCAGAGGAAACGGAAGCUGAAGCAGCUUUGUUCUCGGCGCCUCCUGCCUAUUCUAAGGAUGACAAACAUUCGUCAGCUACGGCUCCCGAAAAACAGAAUAAUAAUACACAGGAAGAGGAUACUGAUCUGUCUACUAUUGCUCCAUACUACACAGACAUUUCCCCAUCAUCUCAUCAACAGUCGCAAACAUCAGCUGGUGCCACUUCUGUUCAACCGUCGAGUUCUAACGCUAACAGUUCUUCGGUUUCUAGAACAGAUGAGGCCGGCGCCAUUGAAAACCUAUACUAUUCCCAAUCCCUGCGAACAAGAAGAGAGGUUCCCAUGCGACAAAGCUCACCUCGACAACAUCGACAACAGCAACCACCUGCGGAGGAGAAACCUUCAGUAGUCGAAGCUAGCCUUAUUGAAUUAUAAAACCACGACUUCUUCAAUCUGCAUCACCGACUGUACAACGUACACCGUCCCGCUACAAGUUAUUGAUCAAUUUUAUGA